UUUUUUUCUUUAUAAAAACUCCAAAAAGCUUUGAUAUUUUCUACUUAGCUUUCUCAUUUCCAUUCAUCACAACACAACAAAAGUCAAAAAAACACCGUACAGUGCAUUUUGCUGUAUAUGUUGUUGUCCUUCAGAUCUUGCAGAAGAUUCGAUUCAAGUCUUGCUCUUUCUUCACUGAGGUUGUUCCUUAAAUCCAGGAGGUAUAAUCAGGUUUAUGUUCAUUCCCAAAUGAACUUUUUGUUCUUGGAUUUGAUGGGUGUGUCUUGCUAAGGUUCUUUUAGUAAUUUCAAGUUUUGGGUUGGUUUGUAUAAUUGUUUUAGAGAAGAAAGUGUUGGAAUUGAUUUUGGUGGUGAAAAGGGUUUUUUUUGUGUGGUGAUUGUUGUGUUUUUUUGUUUGGAGUUUGAUUUUUUCAAUGGCUGUUGAGGAGUCUGAGCAAGUGUUUCCUGAGCUUGAAAGUGAAGAGAAUUUAAUUGCUUCUGUAAGGCAUAUUGUGAAGGUUUUAGGGUCAAAGAAGAAUCUUACAAGUGAUGCCAAGAAGAUUUUGGCAGAUCUCGGUUCACAAUUGUCUUCCAUGAACAUUCAAAGUGAGGAAGAGGAAGGGAAAAAAGGGAAAAGGGAGGAUGAUAUCGAUGAGGGGGACGAGGAUGAGGAGGGUGAAGAGGAUAUUGGUGCUAUUGAAGAACGGAUUGGUUUGAUUGAGGAGAAAAUAAUGAGAUGGGAGGAAGAUCGGUCGAUGAUUUGGGAUAUGGGACCUGAAGAAGGGUUUGAGUAUUUGAAUGCGGCUAACGAAGCUCGCAAAUUGAUAGAGAAGUUGGAGAGUUUACAUUUGAGUAAAGAGGAUCAAGAGUAUAAGUGUUUGCAGAAGGCUUAUAGUGUUCUUCAGACGGCGAUGGCGCAUCUCGAAGAAAAGUUCAGCAAUUUGCUUAUCCAGAAUAGGCAACCUUUUGAACCGGAGUAUGUCUCUUUUCGAUCGAUGGAGGAAGAUGCUGCUGAUGGGAAUUCUAUAGUCUCUUUAGGUGAUGAAUCGUUUGAGGAAUCACUUCGAAGAGAUAGUGUCAGCAGAGGCUCUGAGGAGCAUGUCAUUGAAUUAGUACAUCCGGCCGUGAUCCCCGAUCUCAGGUGUAUUGCGAACUUGCUUUUUGCUUCUAAUUACGUGCAAGAAUGUUCACAAGCUUAUACUAUUGUUAGGAGGGAUGCUUUAGAUGAGUGUUUGUUCAUUCUUGAAAUGGAAAGGCUUAGUAUUGAGGAUGUUUUGAAAAUGGAAUGGGGUAGUUUGAAUUCUAAGAUCAAAAGAUGGAUUUGGGCUGUGAAAAUCUUUGUUAGGGUUUAUCUUCCAAGUGAAAGGUCGCUUAGUGAUCAGAUUUUCGGAGAAGGCGAGCCUGUUAGUCAAGCUUGUUUUGUUGAUGCAUCUAAGGCUUCAAUAUUGCAGCUUCUGAAUUUCGGUGAAGCAAUGUCUAUCGGUCCACACCAACCCGAAAAGUUGUUUCGAAUUCUUGACAUGUAUGAAGUUCUUGCAGACCUUAUGCCGGACAUCGAUGCUUUGUAUUCGGAUGAGGUUGGUUCUUCGGUUAAUUUUGAAUGUCAUGAGGUUCUUAAGAGAUUAGGAGAUUGUGUGAGGAUAACAUUUCUUGAAUUUAAACAUGUCAUCGAUACAAAUCCAUCGACAACACCUUUAGUUGGUGGAGGGAUACAUCCUUUGGCAAAGUAUGUUAUGAAUUAUCUAAGGACUCUUACCGACUAUAGCGAAUCGCUGAAUCAUCUCCUGAAAGACCAAGAAGAAGAAGAUGCUGUUUCAUUGUCACCUGACACGAGUCCAGGAACCGAAGAAGAUAACCGAAGCCAAGGAGGAUCGCACGAUAGAUUUCCCUCAAUGGCCCUGCAAUUUUUAUCAGUUGCUUUAGUCUUGGAAAGCAACCUCGAAGAGAAAUCAAAGUUAUACAAAGACACUUCAUUGCAGCACUUGUUUUUAAUGAACAACAUACAUUACAUGGCCGAAAAAGUUAAAGGUUCUGAACUUAGGAUCAUAUUCGGAGACGAAUGGAUUCGAAAGCACAACUGGAAGUUUCAACAACAUGAGUUGAAAUACGAGAGAGCUAGUUGGAGUUCCAUUCUCAACUUGCUUAAGGACGAAGGAGUUCACUCAAAUUCCGUCUCAAAAAGCCUUUUAAAGGAGAAGCUACGGAGCUUCUACCUCGGCUUCGAGGACAUUUACAGGAUCCAAACAGCUUGGUUGGUACCGGAUCUUCAGCUUCGCGCAGAUUUGCGGAUUUCUAUAUCGCUUAAAGUGAUCCAAGCUUAUAGGCCAUUUGUUGGAAAGCUUUGUAAUCACAUGAGUGACAGAUAUAUUAGAUACACUGCUGAUGAUUUAGAAAAUUAUCUUUUGGAUUUCUUUGAAGGAUCUCAACAGUUGUUGCAAAAUCCUAUUAGGAGGUGAUAGCAGAUAUUAAGCAAAGAAUAAUUAUCCUUUUUUAUCUAACAAAAAUGGCUUGUAUGUUGUUACAAACAUGUUAGGGUUUAUGCCAAAACCUUCUUGUUUCACUUAGUGUGCAUUAUAUGUAUGUAAUUUAAUGAUCAAAAUAGAAUAAUAUGAUUCUCUCUUGUAUUUUUUAUUUUCAA